AUGCGAAUCCUGUCUCCGCUCGCCUGCAAGCGCCCAUUCGACUCCAUCCGCAGCGUCGUCUCGUCUCUCGUCUCUCCAUCGUCAGCCUGUUACCUGCCUCUAUCGCCGUCUAACUGGAGAGAAGGGAAACGUGCGAUCGUCAGCGAGUCGGGGUACUUGCUUAUCAUCCUUUUUCCUAUGACCCUGGCCCCUUGGCCGUCUUCUCGGGACUUUUUCUUCUUCUCCUUCUUUGCCUUAAAAUGCGCCGCCGUCCACCAUGUCCAUGUCCAUGCCGGCCUGUCUUGCCCUAUCUCUUCUCCUUCCUUCCUCCCUCCUCCCCCGGCAAACUCCUUGCAGGCCCUGACCGUUUCUUCCUUCACUACAGAAGAGUCAUAG